UCUCUUUCUCGCUCAGAUUAGGGUAAUCGAAAUUCCAAACCCUACACGCUCUUUUUUCUUUCCCGUAGCUUCUCUCUCUAGAUCCAGAAGCUUUGCCUCCGUCGGGGGCGCGUGUAGUUUCCAAACGGCGCGUGGUGAUAUCAGAUGCGCGUGAUCUUACGCGUUCUUAAUAUUCAUGUCCUGUUCGACCCGCAUUGGAAAUUUCAUGCCGGAGGAGUGCCGGAUUCUCACCGGACGGCCGUGAUUUCGUUUUUACAUGGCAUCCGCCGUCCUUGCCAACCGUAACGAAUCAAACUGGCCGCAGCACAGAGGCGGUGGAGCAGGAUUCAUGGGUAAAGUACCUUACGCUAACCCUAACCCUAAAUUUGGUAACAAUAGGAGGACACAAUCGCCGUCGGAUGAUGCUUCGUCCAUCAACCGGCGAUCCAACGAUGUUGUCGCUAACCAUUCACAAUACGUGACCUUCAACAUCGCCACGUACUCAAAGACGGAGCUCAAUGAGCUUAAAAACCGUCUUGCAUCGGAACUUUUACAAAUUCGUCAGCUCAAGAUUCGAAUUGAGUCAGGCGAGUUUAAACCUAAGCCCAGCCACAACGGUGGUGGCCCCCCUAAGAAAUCGACGAGCAAGAAGGUCUCCGGCAAUAAACGACCUUUCCCUGCGGCUAGGGAAUUAAAGAGGUCGCAAUCGGAGAUUGUGGACGUGAUGAAGGCUUGCAGUCAUAUUUUGCAGAAGCUGAUGAAAAACAAACACGCUUGGAUCUUCAACAGUCCGGUGGACGUUUCGGGGUUGGGUCUUCACGAUUACUACGAUAUAAUUAAACACCCUAUGGAUCUGGGUACCGUGAAGGAGAAACUCGUCAAGAAUGCUUAUGCUACGCCAGCAGAUUUUGCUUACGAUGUGCGGUUGACGUUUAACAACGCAUUGACCUACAAUCCCAAGGGACAUGAGGUUAACACCGCAGCUGAACAGUUUCUUGCGCGGUUUGAGGAGCUGUUUAGGCCGGUUCAUGAACAAUUCAAUGAUCGUGGUUUUGAAGAGGAAUUGCAGGCCAGUUCAUGGACACAUGUUGAACCGGAGAGGAUCAAGAAGAAAGAGAAUCCGGUUCCUAUUCCAAUCCCUCCAUCGGUGAAAUUGCAAGAGUCUUUGUCUGCCCCAGCUAGUACUUCUAACCAGCCAAGCACUUCAAAUCCGCCAAUGGUACAGUCACCAGUGCACACACCUUCCCCGAUGAGGGCGCCUCCGGUGAAGCCCUUGAAGCAGCCCAAGCCAAAGGCGAGGGACCCAAAUAAGAGGGAAAUGAGCCUUGAAGAAAAACACAAGUUGGGACUUGGGUUACAGAUUUUGCCAGCUGAGAAGAUGGAACAGGUUGUGCAGAUCAUAAGGAAGAGAAACGGGCAUCUAGAACAGGAUGGUGAUGAGAUCGAGCUUGAUAUGGAGGCUGUUGAUACAGAGACUCUCUGGGAACUCGAUCGAUUGGUGACUAAUUGGAAAAAGAUGGUGAGCAAGAUUAAGCGGCAGGCGCUAAUGGAUAAUAAUAAUGUGCCUUCGAACAAAGGCAAUGGGGAAUUGCCUGACAGGGAGAAGCUUGAUGCAGCCCCUCCAUCUGAGGGGAAGAAGCAAAAGAAGAUAGAAACUGGUGAUGAGGAUGUUGACAUUGGGGAUGAUAUGCCGGUGAACAAUUUCCCUCCUGUUGAGAUUGAGAAAGAUAAGGAUGUAGGUGGUGGUGGUGGUGGUGGGGGCCAUGCCAGUAGUAGUUCGAGUAGCUCCAGCAGUUCUGGUAGUGAUUCUUCAUCGUCGAGUGAUUCAGAUUCUGGGAGUUCUUCAGGAAGUGAUUCUGAAGCGGACAAUGGGCACUCGUAGCAGGGCAGGGAUUUUGGAAUUAAUGGUCAUUUAGACCGAUGCCGGUUGGCAGAUCAAGAAAUGUGUGCUUCAUUGCCGUAGUGCUUGAGUGUCUGGGCUAGUAGUAGUGAACAUUGAUUGUUGGUUUCAACGUGGGAGUGGCUAAUUGGAUUGGAAUAUGGCACCUGCUCCAAGAUUUGCAAUGUGACGACAUAGAUGUAUAAAUCUUUCCUACAACCCAAGGGUUUGGAAAUAAUCAAAGCAUUUGUAGGCCAGAAAGUUACGUGGUUAAAAAUUAUCUAGUAGGAUAGAUUCUUAAGAAGGAUAGGAAGAGAAUCAAUAGUAUUAGUGAUUUUUAUGUGUUUACCUUGUACACAUUACAGUAAGUAGAUGAAUCACCCUCCUCGGACUUCGGAGAAAGAAUUUUUGCUGAUCUGCAAUUAACUUGUUUGGAUUGCUAAUUAGAUGAAUCCCACCUUUCCUAUUGUGUUGGGAUCAGCCAGGGAAAGUGAGAAAAGAGACAGUAUCCUCAUUGAAGAAUCAUAUAUACAAAAUGAAAAUGUAAUUUGGUAUAUCUAAAGAGUCUCCCUCAGAAAAUAUAGCGAUGGGUAUAUAUAUAUAUAUACAGCCAUCAAAAGCCCUUUAAAUUCGUACAUGAACUGAAAAGAUAAAUUUAUCUAUAUUUUAUAACAUGUAUGAAUUUUAGGGGAGAAGCAGAAUGAGUAAAAUUAAAUGUACCUAAAACCACAUCCUCCAAUGGGCUGGAUAUGUUUGAACACUGAUGUGGCAGUCAAAGUUGGCGAUAACAAGCCUGGGUGUGGUGGUCUGUUCAGAGAUAGUGAUGGUGGUGGGUUUCUCUAUGAGUUUGAUCAUGUGCAACGCCUUUAUUGCAGAAUUAUGAAGAGUAUUGAAGAGCCUUCGAUUCACUGGAAAGUAGUUGGAGAUUCAUCUUGAUUUGGAAGUGGUGGUCUAGGCCUUAAAUUAGGCUGAGAAGUGUUGAGCAUUGUUAGAACAUUAUUCAGUAUUUUCACUAGGAGUUAGAUGUCAGUAUCAUACUUGUAGUAACAGAGAAUUACAGAUAAGCUAACACUUGUGCGGGUAUUCUUGCAAAUAUAGGGGUGUUCUGAGGUUGAUUUGCUCUCAAGUUUAUAAGCAUCCUUGUUCGUUUAUCCUCAUUGUAGUUCUCCUUGAGUUUUGUCCCUCUUGCAAUUAAAACAGAGAGGAGUCUUUGAUGUUUAAAUAUUUGUGUUUUAAGUUUAUUUUCUUUGUCCCGAAA